CCUGAAAUGGCACCCCGAAACGGCACCCCGAAACGGGUACCCUGAAAUGGCACCCCGAAACGGCACCCCGAAACACCAACCGUGCCCCCGGGGCACCCCGAAACGGCACCCCAAAACAGCACCGGGCCCGCUGGGGACCCACAAAGCUCCGGGGAUCUCCAAAUUCGGGCACCCCAAAACAUCACCGGCAGCUCCAGGAACCCACAAAGCUCCGGGGACCCCAAAACGGGCACCCCAAAAUGGGCACCCCAAAACUUCUCCAGGCCUCUGGGGACCCCCAAAGCUCGGGGACGCUCUCAGCCCCAAACCCCUCACACCCCAGGGAGCCCCGGAGUUCAGGGGUUCCACAAAACCUGGGGGGAAUUUCAACUACACGAGGGGUCCCCCAGAUCCCCCGGAGCACCCCCAAAACCUCAGCAGCUCCCCCAAGUCACCCAGAGGACCCCCAAAACACCAGGGGGUCACCCAAGUCCCUCAGGAAACCCCAAUGCACCCGAGGUUCCCCCAAAGCCCCAGGGAGACCCAAAAUCAGAGGACCCCCAAAAUCGGGGACCUCAAAACCGAGGGAACCCCAAAAUUGGGGAGCCCCAAAUCCGGGGCACCCCAAAAUCCUCCCCAGCCCCUCCCGGAACCCCCAAUGCACCCGGGGUCCCCCCAAGCUCAGGAGGAUCCCCUCAAAUCCCAGGACCCCCCCAUGCAUCAGGGGUUCCCCAAAAUCCCCCAGCACCCCAGAAAACCAGGGGGAUCCCCCAAAUCCCACUCCAAACUCCCCCACAUCACCCCCAAAGCCGGGGUCCCCCAAAUCCCCUGGGAUGCCCCCAAACCCCUCCCAGGACCUCUCACAGACCCCGAGGGGUCCCCAAAGCUUGGGGUCCCCCCAGACCCCCAAACCUGGAGUACCUCCAAAGUCUGGGGUCCCCCCAGCCCCCAAGGGUUCCCCCAAAGUUCAGGGUCACCCCCAAAUCCCCCAGACCCCCUCCCCAGCCCCCCCUCAUUUUAAUAAAGGCGCCGCAGCCCCA